AGCCUGAGGCGAGAGCGGCGCGCCGGGCGGGUCCGCCUCCCUCAUUGUGCGCGAGACGGGACGCGCGGGAGUGGGCGUGGGCGGUGCGGCCCGCCGCAGGGAAGCCGCCCGAGGAGCCGCGCAGAGCCGGCGCCGCAAGCCGAGAGCCCGGGAGCGGGCCGGGGAGCGUCCCGCCCUCCUGCCCGCCCCUCCCCCGCGGCGCUCGCCCCUCCCCCCUCCUCCCCUCGCGUUGGAAAGUUUCUAGAAUCUCUUCCCAGCGGCCUUUGCGGUUCCAACAUGGCGGAGCUGACGGUGGAGGUUCGCGGCUCCAACGGGGCUUUCUACAAGGGAUUUAUCAAAGAUGUCCAUGAAGACUCCCUCACAGUUGUUUUUGAAAAUAAUUGGCAACCAGAACGCCAGGUUCCGUUUAAUGAAGUUCGAUUACCACCACCACCUGAUAUAAAAAAAGAAAUUAGCGAAGGAGAUGAAGUAGAGGUAUAUUCAAGAGCAAAUGACCAAGAGCCAUGUGGAUGGUGGUUAGCUAAAGUUCGGAUGAUGAAAGGAGAGUUUUAUGUCAUUGAAUAUGCUGCUUGUGAUGCCACUUACAAUGAAAUAGUCACAUUUGAACGACUUCGGCCUGUCAAUCAGAAUAAAACUGUCAAAAAAAACACCUUCUUUAAGUGCACAGUGGAUGUUCCUGAGGAUUUGAGAGAGGCGUGUGCAAAUGAAAAUGCUCAUAAAGAUUUUAAGAAAGCAGUAGGAGCAUGCAGAAUUUUCUAUCAUCCUGAAACUACCCAGCUAAUGAUACUGUCGGCCAGUGAAGCAACUGUGAAGAGAGUAAAUAUCUUAAGUGAUAUGCAUUUGCGAAGUAUUCGGACGAAGUUAAUGCUUAUGUCCAGAAAUGAAGAGGCCACUAAGCAUUUAGAAUGCACAAAACAACUUGCAGCAGCUUUUCAUGAAGAAUUCGUUGUGAGAGAAGAUUUAAUGGGCCUAGCAAUAGGAACCCAUGGUAGUAACAUACAGCAAGCUAGGAAGGUUCCUGGAGUAACUGCCAUUGAGUUAGAUGAAGAUACUGGAACAUUUAGAAUCUAUGGAGAGAGUGCUGAGGCUGUAAAAAAAGCUAGGGGUUUCUUGGAAUUUGUGGAGGAUUUUAUUCAAGUUCCCAGGAAUCUUGUUGGAAAAGUUAUUGGAAAAAAUGGCAAGGUUAUUCAAGAAAUAGUGGAUAAGUCUGGUGUGGUUCGAGUAAGAAUUGAAGGAGACAACGAAAAUAAACUACCUAGAGAAGAUGGAAUGGUUCCAUUUGUAUUUGUUGGCACUAAAGAAAGUAUUGGAAAUGUACAGGUUCUCCUAGAAUAUCACAUUGCUUACUUAAAGGAAGUGGAACAACUAAGAAUGGAACGCCUUCAGAUUGAUGAACAGCUGCGACAGAUUGGUAUGGGUUUCAGACCUUCUUCCACCAGAGGGCCUGAAAAAGAGAAAGGAUAUGCCACUGAUGAAAGUACCGUCUCUUCUGUACAAGGUUCUAGGUCUUAUAGUGGAAGAGGCAGAGGUCGUCGGGGCCCUAAUUACACCUCCGGUUAUGGUACAAAUUCUGAGCUGUCUAACCCCUCCGAAACAGAGUCUGAGCGUAAGGAUGAGCUGAGUGAUUGGUCAUUGGCAGGAGAGGAUGAUCGAGAGAGUCGCCAUCAGCGAGACAGCCGGAGACGCCCAGGAGGAAGAGGCAGAAGUGUUUCUGGGGGUCGAGGUCGUGGUGGACCACGUGGUGGCAAAUCCUCCAUCAGUUCUGUGCUCAAAGAUCCAGACAGCAAUCCAUACAGCUUACUUGAUAAUACAGAAUCAGAUCAGACUGCAGACACUGACGCCAGCGAAUCUCAUCACAGUACUAACCGUCGUAGGCGGUCUCGUAGACGAAGGACUGAUGAAGAUGCUGUUCUGAUGGAUGGAAUGACUGAAUCUGAUACAGCCUCAGUUAAUGAGAAUGGGCUAGAUGAUAGUGAAAAAAAACCCCAGCGACGCAAUCGUAGCCGCAGGCGUCGUUUCAGGGGUCAGGCAGAAGAUAGACAGCCAGUCACAGUUGCAGAUUAUAUUUCUAGAGCUGAGUCUCAGAGCAGACAAAGAAACCUCCCAAGGGAAACUUUGGCUAAAAACAAGAAAGAAAUGGCAAAAGAUGUGAUUGAAGAGCAUGGUCCUUCAGAAAAGGCAAUAAAUGGUCCAACUAGCGCUUCUGGCGAUGAAAUUCCUAAACUACCGCGUACUCCAGGAGAAGAAAAGACUAAGAACUUAAAAGAAGAAAGCACUCAAGAAGCAGCAGUCCUGAAUGGUGUUUCAUAACUGAAGGAAGUUCCUAGUUUACAGUUCUUUUACAUUACAGUUACAAUAGUGCUUGUACAAGCUUGCCAAAGAUAGAAUAUGGAUCGCCAGUCUUACAUCGCACUUUCAGUUCCUCCAUUUGGAAUUCAGAAAGGGGAGGGAUCCUGAAGAAAUCAUAUGUUAAACAUACUUUGACACCUACUGUGUUAAAAAUAUAUCAUCAGAUGUGCCUUGAGAAUAGUAUAUGUAACAUUAAAAAAAAGUUGCUGGCUAUAGGAAAUGUUAUUUUGUUUUCAAAAUAUGGCAGAGAUGGGGGAGGUGGGUGGGGUGGGGUCCCAAACGUAAUAUUCUUUAUGAAAGCAUUAGCUGCUUUUGUUACAUUUUUAAUAAUAUGCAACCACUUCUUCACCUGAGGAAAACUAGAAUGAAGCAGUUUAAAAUAUUUUGCACUGAAUUGUAAUUUCUUCAUUAGUUUAGUCUGGAAACUGGUCUGUUACGUGUUUUUUAAAUGCUGUUUGUAGAGGCAAGUCUGCAGACCACUGGAAUACAUAUGUUAACUCAUCUGCAGGGACACUGGGUGAUAUUGGCAGUGACUGUUCUACAUUGAGGCUUUGUUUGGUUUAUUUAUUAAAGUGUACAGUAUUUAAAGAAAUCAAACAUAGCUUUAGUUGAAACACUAAGCUGAUUAGUCAUGUCCAUUCAGACAUAGCCUGAACUACUGAAAAGAUCAAUUUCCAGAGGGUUUAUUCUGUAUAAACUACAUGUUUAGUCUUCAGUAGAGUAUCUUUACAUUUUCUUCCCACCUUUUUUUCCCCCCUUUUUUGAUUUUGGUUGUUUGAUGUGCAAUAUGUUUUUGUAUGCAGGUAGUAAAUAAACUUUGAUCUUCCA